AUGCCUCUUAUCCUUAUCUUACAACUGAGCAAGAUAGCCAAGGCUGACUUUCUUGGAUACAGUGGCUUCACUCUAUCAAGGAACCUCUCCAAUCUCAUGGACAUCAAAGCAUCAUGCUACCGUACAGUCACCCCCGGUAAGACAACAAUCACUGGGACACUUUCACACGGUGAGGGCACGCGAGUCCUGUUCACCGAUGGAAUCCAGGUACACCAGGCAUGGGCAAUCUCAUGGGCGGCAUCUGACACCAAAACAAUGUCUCCAUCGCUACCCCUACUAACCAAUUCAAUGGUCAUCCCUACAUGGGUGCCGGGGGAGAUCAUCCCACCAGGCAAGUACGACAGGGGCAGUGAGGGGUCGGAUAUGCCAGGCUGGGAACCUAUUAUGAGGUUUAUAAUGAUAGGCGUUCCUAUUAUUGGUGUAGUGCUUAUUGCAUCGUGUGUUUGGGCCUGUAUCUGGUGCCGGCGAGUGAGACGGAAGGAACGGCAAGAAACAGAAGAAUUAGUCAAGCAGCAGGAAAUACACACUACAUCAUUGUAG